GUGGAGGACAAGACAUAUGAUCAAGGGAAUUAAGGCGGGAACAAAGACGAGGUUGCUAUGUUUGGUUGUUGUUGUGUAUACCGCAGGAUGCAGAAUUUCGAAAGCAACACAGAUACGAAUGAGAUUAAGCCAGGAAUUUCUUGCCGCCAGAGUCACUUGAAAUUCUCAAUGGGGAGACAAACUAAUAAAUAAAAACACUCGAAGAUCAUCACGGGGAGAAUGCCUAGAAAACUCCAGUUUCAAGUAGUACAUGUUUCAGGACAUGAACCAGGGUAUGGCCCAAAAGAGCUUGAACUUCAUAGCCCUGUUACCAAAGGAUGGCAAUCUCAAAAAUUUUGUGUCUACCCACAAGAAGUUGUAUUGAAACUCAAAGAACCAGCAAAUCUUCGCAAGCUACAAAUUUUGUCACAUCAGUACCUUAUUGCCUCAAAGGUGGAGAUAUUUGCUGGUCUUGCAUCAAAUCAACAGGCACCAUCACUGAUAAACUGUAAAUUUACCAGACUUGGAUAUGUUUCUCUCUCAAGUAAUGAACAGUCAAACUUUAAGACGCGCGAGUUAAAGUCCGUCAGCUUGAAUAUAGAGUGUCAGUUCGUGAAAUUUCUUGUCCACAAGAAUCACGUUAACAAGCAUAAUCUUUAUAAUCAGAUUAACGUUAUAGCCGUCAAUUUAAUUGGAGACCCUAUCGACGAGAUGUACUCUGAGACCAAAAAAAUGAACCUGCAGUCAACAGCAGCUGAAGAUUUGGUUGAAAAAUUUAUGUCUGGUGGUGACACAUCAGAGCUACGCAAAGAUAUUGUACGAGGAAGUCGACCUGAUUAUAUCUCACCUCUAGAUGACUUGGCGUUUGACAUUUACCAGGAUUCAGAGACCGCCCAAUUAAUUCGACGACUUGAAGCUAAAAAGCAGGAUGCUGUUCUAGAGGAAAGAUUCGACUAUGCCAAAAAACUGAAACAGGCAAUGGCAGAUUUACAAAAGGUUGGUGAGAAACUCGGACGGUUUGAGGUUGAGAAGAGGCGAGCUAUUGAAAUAGAAGAUUAUGAUAUGGCAAAAGCAAAGAAAUUACAAGCUGAUGAAUAUCGUCUGCACGUUUACAAGCAACUGGAUCUUCCUGAUUUGUUAGAAAUAAAACAGGUUGAAUCAAAACGACAACAGCCCCCAUCAGUAUUCAUAACAUCUCAGAUUCACUCCAAACAACAGCAACAUUCGGCAGUUCUAAAUGAAGCGAGGCUACAAACGACGUUUCCUUCUGUCCAAAGUGAUUCAAAGCCACAUACAGUAACUAAAUCAGAGUCCCCUGUUUUGCCGCCCAUUGUUUCACCUGCCUCUGGACACAUUCUCCAAAUGACCACGGUUGAGCACGAGUCGACCCCUGUUUCGAGGCUGCCAAGGACACCGGAUAAAGUGAGAUUGCAAUCAUCACCUCAGCUUCAAGAUCCGGAAGACAGGCCAAUACCAGCUCUUAAAAGCAAAGGAAACUUUGAAGAGAAUUUGGAAUUUCCAUCAGAUGGGAAUAGUGGCACUCACGAUGAGGAAAAACCAGGGGAGCUCAGCGAAAGAGAUGAAUCUGAAGCUACUCCAAUAAUUGAUGUUUAUGGUCUUUACCUCGUUCAGUUAGCAUAUUCAAAAAUAUGGAAGCAUCGGCAGGACGCUUUAGAGAAAGUGAUGGGGGAGAUCUCGGUAGAUGAUGGGAAGCUGAUAUUUGAAAGUGAACCAAAGGCUAUCGUUAGAGCAACAACGUUGUUAUUGAAAAAGAUGCUACAAGACAAUGUUGUUACCGUUUUCACAGAGGCUGUCAAAGUAGAAAGCACGCUGUUAGCAGAUUAUAUUCCUCGUAAAAAACUUGGGAAAUCUGAAUAUGCAUUUGUAGUUGACAAGACAAUUCCAGUCCUACUAACAAGAGUUGGUGACAUGGCCCCAAGAACAAAAGAAAGCGCAGUUUCACUCAUACAAGAUUCGGCAGUCAUAAAAGAAGUCAAGGCACUUGGCACCAUUCCAGAAAUGCUAGUUCAUCCUUUAAAAAGCAAGGGGCAGGUUCCCUGGCGGCUAUUUAAAGGACGAAUUGAGGUGAUACACAAUCUCUUAGAGCCAUUAGAUGUUGAUAAACAAGGGUCUUUCACAACGGAUGGUGUUAUGCAGUUUGUCAAGAAGGCUAUUGAGCAUAGUAAUAAGGAGGUUAGAGAAGCAGGAAUUGCAUUGCUCCUUGACAUGUAUAAAAAGGUUGGAAAUGCUGUAAGAGCAUAUUUGCCUCCAGAUGAACCAUCAACAAGAAAAAAUCCUUUGUACAGCAGAAUAUUCGACGGCCUUGAUAAGAUUGAUGGAAAACCAACCAAAGCGGAACAAAAGUUGCAGGCAAAACAGGAGAAAGAAGAAACGGAGAAAGUCAAAAAGCAAGAGAUUGCAGCCUUACAAGCGCAACUAAAGGAGCUGAGAGCCCUUAAAGAAGCAGCUGAUGAAACUAAAAGUAAAGGAGAAAGACCUAAUGACACCACAGUCACUGGAGAUCUUUUAUCUCAAGAUUCUGAUAAUAUCGAUCACAUUUGCAUCUUUUGUGGUGAUUUUAACGAGAAACUGAGCCAAGAAACACUAGAUGGUCAUUAUGCGAAAAGUUGUCCAAUGCUUAAGAAGUGCAACAACUGUAGUCAAGUGAUUGAGAUCUGCAAUCUAAACGAACAUCUGUUAACCGAAUGCGAAAGAAAGGCUGAUUUCAAGAAGUGUCCACGUUGCCAAGAAGCCAUUGCAAAGCCACAGCUAGAUAGUCACGUGAAAGCCAAGGCAUGUCCAGCAACACGAGGAGACAAACCCUUUAACAGAUGUCCACUUUGCAAAGAAAAAGUUGCUGACGGUGAAGAGGGCUGGAAAAAGCAUCUGGUGAACGACUGUAAAGCAAAUACGAAAAGACUGCAACAGCAAAAGAAAGUCGCCAAAACUGGUGGAAAACAGCCUCCCGAUAAAAAGACAACAGAUCAGAAACCUGCUGGCGUUGUGAAACGAAGAACUUCAAGAUUAGCAGAAAAAUCUGUUAAAACUAACGAUGGAAAAUAAUUUUAUUUUAUCUUUGUAAAUACCUGUUUUGAAAAUAUACAUAUGCAAUGAUGUCUGCAUUGUUUGCUCUUCUUUAAA